GAGGGUCAGACGGUAUAUUGUAUCGAUACAUCCUCGGUCACACUGCCGGACAUCAAAUGAUAACAAAAUAAUUAAAAAUCGCCUAAUUGACGAUUAAUGGAAGCAAUGGGGGACCAACUGAUACUGGCCACCGGUGGAUACGAUCACACAAUCAAGGUGUGGCAAGCCCAUACCGGCAACUGCAUCAAGACCAUGCGUUUUGUUGAGACUUCCCAAGUAAAUGCCCUAGACCGCACGCCAGACAAAACGCGCCUGGCGGCCUGUGGCUAUCAGUGCAUCCGUCUGUACGACCUGGAAUCCAAUUGCACCGCUCCGGUGAUAAACUUUGAUGGCGUACAGAAAAAUGUGACGCGCCUGGGCUUCCAGGAAGACGGUAACUGGAUGUUCACCGCAGGCGAGGACCAUCAUGUGCGAAUCUGGGACAUGGUCUCGGCACCUCCCCACUGCUCGCGGGUAUUCGACUGCGAGUCACCAGUGAAUGCCGCAUGUUUGCACCCCAACCAGGUGGAGAUCGGCAUGGGCUCACAGAACGGCAACGUCUUCCUGUGGGAUGUCAAGUCGGAGAAGCACGAAUGCAUCGUUCCCGAGGUGGAUGCAUCCAUUCAGGACGUGGCCAUCUCCCCCGACGGACAUUACCUGGCGGCGGCCAACAACAAGGGCAACUGCUACAUCUGGUCGCUGUGCAGCAGCCCCGACCAGAAGAUGAGCACAAUGCGGCCCACAAAGAAGAUACCGGCGCAUAGCCGCUACAUACUGCGCUGCAAGUUCAGCCCCGACUCGCGCCUUCUGCUGACCACCUCCGGCGAUGGGACGGCGUGUCUCUGGAAGACCUCGGACUUCAGCAAGUGGCGCGAGCUUUGCAUUGAGAACUACUGGGUGUGGGAUGCCGCCUUCAGUGCAGACUCCAAAUGGCUCUUCACCGCGUCCUCGGACGGGGUGGCUCGUCUGUGGAAGCUGGAGACAAAGACUCCCACCAGGGAAUACACCGGCCACACCAAGGCUAUCACUGCCCUGUCCUUCAAGGAUGAGAUUAUAAGAAAGGUUAAUCAUUAGCUGCUAGCAUCAUCGAUAUAGAACGUUCUCUGCUGUGGUCUUGUUGGGAAUAUACUACCUACUCUUUCUUUAAUAUAUUCAUACAGAUAUUGCAUUUAAGUUCUGGUAAACGAUAAUCUGGAGCAUCUACUAUAUAUCCCAGUCCUUCUUUGAUUUGUAGGUCCUCUUACUCUCGACCUAGGGCCUAGUUUUUAAGGUAAAUUGUGUACUGAAAUCAAAUGUUCUUCAAACGAUCUAAGUAAGUCUGAGAAUGCUUCUGAAUUGAGUAAUUUCCAAAAUAUUUCCAAAGUUCUUUGAUACGGAAUUUGAACCAUCACAAUAAUACAGAAUAUAAUUAAACCAAAUCCAAAUUUCCGCAACCACAAAGCGAGACAAUCGGCAAUGGGCAGGCAUAUCAUAUUGAAGGCAACUCUUAGGCUCUGGCAAAUAAUUUGGCAAUUUUUGGAGGCAGUUAACGUAGAUUAGAACACAGCGAUUCCCAUCAUCAACUAGAACUGAACUGAACCAACCAUCAUCCCAAUCGAAUCGGGGGACAUACCCCCAAUCGCAAUUCAACGAUAGUUCAGCAAAAGAAAAACAAAACUAAAAUGAGAAAGAAAGAAAAACUAAUUUUGAAACUACCUCUGGAAAUGAGCGCUUGGCUUUUGUAGCGACUUUUUCAUACAUAAUUUAUAUAAGCCUUUGAUAUAUGUAUAUCAUUAUAUUGUAUUGUAAUACGGACUAAACUAAAUCGUUUAUGUGAAAUGUAAUUUUGAAUAAAAUCCUAAUAAAUAUACAAAUA